CAAAAAUGGAUGCUUUAGUGAAGACAAUCGACGCCAUACUCUUUGUGAUGUUUGCCAUAACUGCAGUGAACGCGGUGCUGAUAGACGUCCAGUUGUGUCUGCCAGCAAGCUUCUUCUCAAGCUCGCUGGCGGAGCUCAAAAACUGGUACGUCCGUGAGUUCGAGGAUUAUCUUGGCAAAGAGAAGCCUCAUUUCUUCCUUGGCCUCAUAUGGGUUGAGCUCGUAUUCCAGUGGCCUCUUCUGGUCGCCAACUUGUAUGGGAUUUGGGCCGCUAAACCAUGGUACAACACCACCUGCUUGGCCUAUGGCGCCUCUUUCUUCACCACCAUGGGCGCUAUAUUAGCAGAGCUCAUAGGGUCGGGCAAGGCAUCUAAUAAAAUGUUAAAGUUGUACUACCCUGCUAUGGGGUUUGCUCUCCUGGCCAUCCUGCGGGGGCUGCUCCCUCCUCCGUCCGCCACUUCUUCAACCGGUGGCAGAGGAACAACCAAAAGGGUCGGCCCACCAAAGAAUAAGAAGAUGAUUUAGAACUCAAAUCUUUCAUCAAUUUUCCUUUUGUCAAUUCUUUUUCCCUUGAGGGAGACACAUUCCUCCUGCUUCUUGUUCAACCUUAGUGAACUUGUAACAUUGUGUGAAAGGUUUUAAACGUUGAUGGAUUUGUAUCAAACGUUUUUUUUUUUUUUAUUGAGAGUAGCAUAAGUAUUGAUGAAACUCUUGUCAUGAAUCAUUGGAAGGUUUUGGGAAUUGGAUUCAUCAUCUUGGAUGACAAUUGCAAAGGAACAGUUUACUUAGAAAAGACGACAAUCCUUGAUUGAAAGAAAAAAAAAAAAAAAAACGACGAUCUUAUAACUCAA